AUGAACACCUAUAAGAAUAUACUAAAUCCUACUCAUGACAAAGACUCAUGGCCUAAGAGUGACCAAGGUCCUGUCAUUCCACUGAACGAUGAACCAAAGAAGAGGGAAAUAGAGAUGCUUCGAGCGAGCAAACACAUGGAGAGGCAAGCCAAGGGUGAAUCCAUCACAGCGGAUGAUCAAGCGCAAUGGUAUGUCGAGAAUGAUGCUUUGAGACUAAUUGAUGAAAAUGAGAGAGCUGAAGCAAAUACAGAAGCAGGGGGAGAAUAUCACAUAACACCACCAGCAUUGGAUCAUCAGGUGUCACAGUUCAUUACAAUUCCUGUUCAAGCAAUUCAUGAAGCAACACCCUUAGUAGAAUAUUCUAUGAGACAGCAACAACAUGAGUCAGGGCUUCCUGUCACACGGGUUCCAACAAUACCUAACCAAAAAGCCCAUGUGGAAUUACCCUCUUUGGAGAAACCCCGAUGA